GACAUCGCGCGCAUUCAGAACGCACUGCCCUGACAGCGGACAACGUUCGAAUUUCGAAUCGCUUGUUCGUGUUUCUUCACAACAAUAUUUAUUUUAUUCAACUAAAUGAUUAUUCCAAUUAUCUCUAUUGAAUGCUGCUGAUAAUACUCGAAUAUUUAUAUAAAUAGUGUUUCGAUUUAGAAAGAAAUAAAUUAGUGGAAAUGUGUGACUUAGUAAAAUCAGUUUUAGUUUUGACAAUAUUAUUAUGUGCAAUUUUGGUACAAAAUUGUGACGGACAAUCACUGAAAAAGGAUGCUUAUGCUACAGUGCCUCAACUAAUAACAGCAGCGGGGUACCCAUCGGAGCGUCACCGCGCGCGUACCCCUGACGGCUACAUACUCCAGCUGCACAGGAUCCCGGCUGGGCGCCGCGCGGCCAGGCGCUCGGGCGCGCCCAGCGUGAAGGGCAAAAAAGCUGUGCUAUUGGUGCACGGGCUACUUGGAAGCAGCGGGGACUUCGUCAUCAUGGGGCCCGAGAGGAGCCUUUCAUUUUUCCUGGCCGACGCUGGCUAUGACGUCUGGCUAGGCAACCUGCGAGGGAAUCUGCACACCGCGCAUCAGACCCUCACCAGAAACGACCCUAAGUUCUGGGAGUACAGUUUCCACGAACACGGCAAGUACGACGUGCCAGCGAUGAUUGAUAGAGUGCUCAACAUCACCGGCCUUCCCAAGUUACUGUACAUCGGCUACUCCAUGGGGACGACUAGCUUCUUCACUAUGAUGUCUGAGAGACCGGAGUAUAAUGAUAAAGUGAUAGCGUUCGUUGCGCUGGCUCCCGCCGUCUAUCUGGACAACAUCAAACAACUAGCGACCUUCGCGCUUAAAGAAGUAAAUUUUCCUAACAUUCUCCGCUCACGUGGGAUGUUGUCAGCGACAGUGGCGCCGCAGCUGUUAGAGUUCAUGGUGGGAAGCGUGUGUAACGUGCGGAAGCCGCAGGAGGACCUCUGUAUGAGGGUCGCUUACGCCAUCGUAGGCGAGGACUACGAUCAAAAUGAUUGGGACAUGUCUCCAGUGAUUUUUGCCAGAUUCCAGCCUGCUUCCUGGCGACAACUUGAGCAUUUUGGAAAAAUCGCUAUGACUGGUGUAUUCACAUCAUGGGAGGAUGGCGUUGAUGGUGCAAUCAAACCUUACAACCUACAAAACGUUAAAGUUCCAGUGACUCUACUAUAUGGAGAGAAUGACCAGUUAACAGAGAAGUCUCAAAUAAUGAGGCUAGCAGAGCAGCUGAACAGCACAGGAGUACUGGAGGGAGUUCGGGCUGGGUGCUCGUGGCCUAAGUUCAACCACCUCGACUUUGUAUUUGCAAAGGACCUCGGGAACCUCCUCAACAAACCACUGAUUAAACAUAUAAACAAACUAUAUAAUAAAUAUGGGGACGCAUGACAUUUUGUUUUAUUA